UUUGAUUUCGCGGAUAUAAUGGUUUAUCAAGCGAUUCAUACCAUCGAAUUUGCACUGGGCUGCAUUUCGCAUACCGCUUCAUAUCUCCGACUUUGGGCACUCUCGCUUGCACAUGCUCAAUUAUCGGAUGUUUUAUGGACGAUGGUUUUCCGACAAGCAUUCAUGUUGAGCGGUUAUGUGGGCGCUGUGGCCACUUAUGUGCUCUUCUUCGUCUUCGCUUUUCUUUCAUUUUCCAUUCUGGUUCUUAUGGAAGGUCUCAGCGCUUUUCUACAUGCACUUCGUCUGCACUGGGUUGAAUUCCAGAGUAAGUUUUACAAAGGGCUUGGAUAUGCGUUCGUCCCCUUCUCAUUCGAUAAAAUUCUGGAGGAAGCUCGUGCGGCCGAAGAAAAUUUGGUUGAAUUCCAGAGUAAGUUUUACAAAGGGCUUGGAUAUGCGUUCGUCCCCUUCUCAUUCGAUAAAAUCCUGGAGGAAGCUCGUGCGGCCGAAGAAAAUUUGUAA